CAUAUUUCGUUUACACACACACUUUGGCAUAUAUGAAGCAAAUGUGCGCAAAAUGAAAUUAACAAUAAAGUCAUGGACGGGAGUAGCAUCUUGGCGUUGGAUAGCGAAUGAUGAAAAUUGCGGGAUUUGCCGCAUGUCCUUCGAGAGUACGUGCCCCGAGUGUGCGCUGCCCGGUGACGACUGUCCGCUUGUUUGGGGUGUUUGUUCGCAUUGUUUUCACAUGCAUUGUAUUGUCAAGUGGCUGAAUUUGCAACCGUUGAACAAACAGUGUCCAAUGUGCCGCCAAAGUUGGAAAUUCAAUAUACACUAGAGCGAUCAACAACAACAACAAUAACAACAAAACAACG